UUUUUAGGUCGGGCAUAGGGUUUCGCUGUCAUGGCUCCGUCGCGGGGAGAGCGCGCCUCCGCCGCGCCGACGUCGCCGUGGAUCGCAUUACUGAUGCUCUGGCUGGCGGGAUGUAUGGACGCUUGCCGAUUCGACCGCGCAUUUCUCAUCUGCCGGAGGUCUGGCGUAGUUCGGAAGAAAACGGGGCAGUGCUUCCUCAAUGGCCUGCUCGUUCUUGGAAGUGUCUUGGUUCUCCAGAAAGCGAUUAUUCCGGCUUUGAGCUGGCUGCUCGAUUUUGAGGCGCAUGUCGACGAUGGAUCGGCCAGGCCAGUGCCGAAGCUCCAGUCUUUCCUGAUCGCGCUGUACUAUGUACUCUGGCUCUAUCCGAUCUACGUGAUAAGCUUUGUGAUCAACUGUAUUCACUCCAACGAAAUCGCUCAACACGUCUUUCACGAAGUAAAGAAGACUAUGAAUGAGCCGACGUCGAGGCCAUCAACAGGUACUUCUUCUACCGCCGCAGCCUUUGACAGGUCCAGUUUCACUCGUGGAAUCGGUGAGAACUUGUACUCGGUCAUCGUCAUCGGUGCCUUUUUUGCCGAAGCAUUCGUUGCAAGUUUCAUUCCGUAUGUCGGGCAACUCUUGUACUUCGUUCUCCUGUCCUGGCUUUAUGCUUACUAUUGCUUUGAGUACAAAUGGGGCCUAGCUCAGUGGAGUCUCGAGAGGCGGCUGGUCUUCUUUGAGACAAACUGGGCCUUCUUCUCUGGAUUUGGUAGUCCUUGCGUAUUAGCGACGUUUUUCUUUUCACCUCUGGUGAGCACCGGCGUCACCGCCAUCCUCUAUCCAUUGUUUGUACUCAUUGCGACUGCGUCAGAUCCCGAAAAAUCGAUAGCCCGUGUAAAACGCGAUUCUUCUCUCUUCCCUCGUCUUCCCAUUUUCUACCUGGCCAACAGCUGCUCGCUUCCAAUUGUUCGCUUCUUCGUCAGUAGGUUUCCCGCAACUAGGUGAACUUCGUGGCAAACGUUGUGCUUCUUUGUACAUUGCUGUGAAUAUACGAUACUUUUUCUUGUGUGAA